AUAAUCAAGUAAAUAUAAUUCCUUAAUUUACCUUUGAAAAGAAAUCCAAUCAUUGCUCUCUGCUGUCUUUACCGAUGACAUCUUUACCGUAUCUUCUCUAAAGGGAGGGGUGAGUGGGGGACUGAACCGUUGGUUACAAUUCGCAACCUCACUGCUAGAUGGCACUCAAAUUUACACACUGCACCUUUAAUUCUUAUCACCCAAACCACCUAUGGCUUAAAUUUGUGACCGCAAGGAUUAACAAGAACAAUGCUCACUCAUUUUACAAGAUAAUUUUAAAGAGUAGAUAGCUCAAUGUCUCCGCCCACCUUUAAAGUAUAUUUAUACAGUGUUUUGUCAGCGAGAGCUCACUGAUUGUCUUCAUGAUGACCAUCAUCUCUCUGCUCCUGCUGGCCUCUCUGCUGCCACACCUGAUCUUCACUGCUCAUGUAAAUGUGGGUAUAGUGGAUGGCAAGCCUGCCACCUACAGACCUUACAUGGUUUCGAUUCAAUUGAACAAGCGACACAUAUGUGGUGGAUUCCUCAUUUCUGAUCAGUGGGUCUUGACUGCUGCACAUUGCUGGGACAGGAAAAGCUUGUGUCAGAGUUUGAUGAUUGUGGUUGGUGUGCUUGACUUAAGCAAGAGUAACAAUUUGGACCGCAUCAGAGUGAAGCAUUGCUUCAAACAUCAACAAUCCACCACCAUACCUUAUCGGAAUGACAUCAUGCUUUUGAUGCUACAUGCAAAGAUAAAUCCAAACAAACAUAAUUUAAAAUGGAUAAACUUACCAAAUGAAGGAGAUGAUGGUACAGCAAAUCGUUUCUGUAGUGUCAUGGGCUGGGGAAGACUGAAGCCUAAUGGUAAUCCGAGUGCUCUACUAAUGGAGACAAAUGCAUUUAUAGAAAAUCGGCAAAAGUGUGAAGGUAUAUGGAAAUUUGAGUACAUUGACUCACAGAUGAUCUGUGUGUCUGGCAAAGGUGGAUCCUGCGAAUAUGAUUCAGGAGGUCCUCUGGUUUGUGGAAACACUGCAGUUGGUAUCACAUCUUUUGGUGACCGUGAUCUCUGUAAUGCAAAUCUGAAACCUAAUGUGUAUACCAAGAUUUCAGCUUUUCUUCCAUGGAUCAAACAAACCAUAAGAAAAGUUAAGUGACUUCAUGAAAAAAAAAAAAAAAGGGAAGAAAUGUUUUCUUGAAUUCUCCCAUAAACCUUCUUCCAAUAAAAGUAUCACAUGGCAAGCAUCAAUCAGUUGUAUAGUGUC